GCAGCCGCUGACGCCGCUGGCAGCCGCGAGAGCCGCGGUCGUUGCGGCGGGUGCGGCCGGUGGCUUCUGCACCUGCGCUCCCUUCUUCGCCUCGUCAGCGACUCCAGCCCCAGCCGCCCUUCCAGCUCUCGGCGUCGCCGCUGGCGCCGCCGCCCGACCCGCAGGCCGCCGCGGGCCGCGGAGCCCAUGAGGGCGCGGGCCCCGCCGCCGCGUCAGCGGCGUCGCCGUCGUCCCGGAGCGUCCCGAGCCGGCGCGGGCAUGGCCGCGGCAUGAGCGCGGAGCCGCCGCCGGAGCCAGAGAACAAGGCGGUGUCGGAGCCCGCGGCGGGAGCCAUGCCAGAGAAGCGCCCGGGCGCGCAGGCCUCCGGCUGCAUCUCGCUACAAGGCUUUGGCAGACCAAGUGUAUAUCAUGCUGCUAUUGUCAUCUUCCUAGAAUUCUUUGCGUGGGGCUUGUUGACAACUCCAAUGUUAACUGUUCUACAUGAAACAUUCCCUCAACACACAUUCCUCAUGAAUGGUCUCAUUCAAGGUGUAAAGGGCCUGCUGUCUUUUCUCAGUGCCCCCCUCAUAGGCGCUCUGUCUGAUGUGUGGGGGAGGAAACCCUUUCUCCUUGGCACCGUGUUCUUCACCUGCUUCCCAAUUCCACUGAUGAGGAUCAGCCCUUGGUGGUACUUUGCGAUGAUUUCUGUGUCUGGAGUCUUCUCAGUCACGUUCUCUGUGAUAUUUGCCUAUGUAGCUGAUGUCACUCAAGAGCACGAGCGAAGUACUGCUUAUGGAUGGGUCUCAGCCACCUUUGCAGCCAGUCUGGUCAGCAGCCCAGCCAUUGGAGCAUACCUUUCAGCCAGUUACGGAGACCGCCUCGUUGUGCUGGUGGCCACAGUGGUGGCUUUUCUGGACAUCUGCUUCAUCUUAUUGGCUGUUCCAGAAUCUCUGCCAGAGAAAAUGAGACCGCUUUCCUGGGGAGCUAAGAUUUCUUGGAAACAAGCAGACCCUUUUGCGUCACUGAAGAAAGUUGGAAAAGAUUCUACCGUCUUAUUAAUUUGCAUCACUGUGUUUCUUUCAUACCUUCCUGAAGCUGGACAGUAUUCAAGUUUUUUUCUCUAUCUCAGACAGGUCAUAGGUUUUGGAUCUGUUAAGAUUGCGGCAUUCAUAGCUAUGGUAGGAAUUCUGUCUAUUGUGGCUCAGACAGUCUUUCUUACCAUCUUGAUGAGAUCAUUAGGGAAUAAGAAUACUGUUCUCCUAGGCUUGGGCUUCCAGAUGUUCCAGUUAGCCUGGUAUGGUUUUGGAUCUCAGGCCUGGAUGAUGUGGGCAGCAGGGACGGUGGCCGCCAUGUCCAGCAUCACAUUUCCAGCAGUCAGCGCCCUUGUCUCUCGGAACGCAGAGUCAGAUCAGCAAGGAGUUGCCCAGGGGAUCAUAACUGGAAUAAGAGGGCUGUGUAAUGGCCUGGGACCAGCACUGUAUGGCUUCAUAUUCUACAUGUUCCAUGUGGAACUGACUGAGUUGGAACCAGAAUUGAAUUCUGACAAUGCUGCCCUGCAGGGAGCUGUCAUCCCAGGCCCACCGUUUUUAUUUGGGGCAUGUAUAGUUCUCAUGUCUUUCCUGGUUGCCUUAUUCAUCCCUGAAUACCGUAAAGGCAGUGGACUUCAAAAACAUAGCAACAGCAUCAGCGGCAGCCUGACCAACACCCCAGAGCGGGCCAGUGAUGAGGACAUUGAGCCACUGUUGCAAGACAGCAGCAUCUGGGAGCUCUCUUCCUUCGAGGAGUCUGGGAAUCAGUGCACUGAGCUGUGAACUGGCAGAAAGGGGAAUUCUGCUGAUGCCUCCUCUGAGAGCCGUGGGAGCCACGCCACACGGAGACUUCAUGGUGCUGGAAGGGAGAUGCUAGGAGAUGCUAGUGGCACCCUUCAGGGCCAGGUUUGAGAAGUGACCCUCUCCAUCCCUCCACGCUGCUGCCGCCCCCCCCCCCCCCGCUCCUAUUCCUUUCCUUCUUUUUGUGGUCUAUUAGAACAAUAGUCAAAGUACUUUCCUGCAAAUUUUGCAACUCUCAAAGUCAUCUGGAGUCCAAACUUUGAAACGCAAACAGAAAGAUGGCUUUCCUUGAAUAACUUUGGAGGAAGAGUGAUAGCAGUUUUUCCAUCUCCUUUUCAGUGGAAGGUGCAGGGUGGGAGUGGACUGCCAUCUCUGGCAAGAUCUGAGGUAAAAAGUCCCUGCUUAUUUUCUUCCUUCCUGUUUCUCUGAUCUGUGCCCGCUUAGCCCACGGGUGUUCAUGAGUGGCCGCCCCAAGAGUCACUCAGUAUCAGGGAUCUAUUGCCUUUGUUCAAAGGUCAACAAAAACCCAAACCCAAAUCUUACUCUCCUUUCCUUGUCUCUACUUCCUGUUCUUGGCUAGAAUGAAAUUCAGCAAAUUAAUGUACCUCUGGACAUUAAUAAUGAUCAGUGAUAACCUUUAUUUAGAUAAAAGGAAAAUUUUCUUAAAAUUUUAAAUUAUGAAGAACUGGCAACUCAGAUCGCUGGACCUGGUGUUUUGGUCAGAUCCCAGGUGAUUUUACAGAGGAAAAACGCACAUCAAGUAUUCUAGUAGCAACACAGAAUUUGAAGGGAGCUUCUAAGAAAGUUUUCAAUAAUACAAAUAUUCCUAAUAGAACACAUUAUUACCAUCUGCUCCUUGCUGCAUCUUUUGUCUUCUCAGUUUUUCUCCUUCAUCUCACUCCUGCCUUAACUGCUCUAUUGUAUGCAUUGGUUUUUAGUCGGGUCUUUAUUUCCAUGUGUUUAUCUGACUUUUGAAUUUCAUGGGAAUAUGCACAUCAGAUUGUUUUCUAAAAUGUGGUUUAGGAAGCUCAGUUUCACAAUAAGUGUCUUGCUAAUUUUUCGAGAUGUUCUAUGGAAAGAAAACUUUACAGAUUUAUACGUAUUUUCCUGCACCAAUAAAUCUACCAUUAACUGGGCCCCACCCACCUUUAACAGAGCACUCCUCUGAAAGUUUUAUAGGUAUGAAAUAUAUGUAGAUAUUUGUAAGGAGUUUUAAAUUUUUUUGAUGGGGUGCUGUGUAAAUCUUGUAUUUAAAAAUGUAAUGAAGGUGUUGAAAGAAAAAUAUAUAUACAACUUUUAUAAAAGGAUUGUGUACUGACUGAAUACAUUUAAAAGAAAAUAUAUUUUGAAACCUGUUCUGCUAUGAACAGAGAUAACAUAUCUUUUUACUAUGCUGUUGGUUUUUAAGUUAAGCUUCCUAAUGCAUAAUAAAUUUGCAAUGGAUA